CCACUAUGUGACAGCGGCGAGUCGGCGGCGGUGGCGGAGGUGGGCGGCCCUGAAGGCUACGCGCUGCUUUUGGCGGCGACAGCGACGCGGGCGCGGGGUCGGCAGGCGACGCGCGGACGAUCGGGCGGACUGGCGGGGACACGGCCCCGCUUUGUUCGGGAGCAGCAUGAAUGGGUACGCUGACUAUGCCCCCAGCCCCGGUGACCCCUCCAAGGAGCCCGUGGAGCCUGGGCCCCGCCAGGUGCCCCUCCAGGAGGACGUGGACAUGAGCGGUGGCUCCAGCGGCAAUGAAACCAACGAGAACGGCUCGCCAGGGCGGGACUCGCAGGGCAGCGACUGUGACGACAGCAGCAAGGAGCUGAGGACGCUGGUUGGGCCACCUGGCGCCCACCAGGGUCCAGAUGCCUUUAGCCUGAUGAUGGCGAAGUCCGAACACAAUCCGUCCACAAGCGGCUGCAGCAGCGAGCCGUCCACCAAAGCGGACGCCCACAAAGAGCUGAUCAAAACGCUGAGGGAGCUGAAAGUCCACCUGCCCGCAGAGAAGAAGGCCAAGGGGAAGGCCAGCACCUUGGCGACCCUGAAGUACGCCCUGAGGAGCGUGAAGCAGGUGAAAGCCAACGAGGAGUAUUACCAGCUGCUGAUGGCCAGCGAGAAGCAGCCCUGCAGCGCCCACGUGCCCGCCUACACCGUGGAGGAGCUCGAGAGCGCCACCUCCGAGUUCGUCGUGAAGAACCCGGAAAUGUUUGCCGCGGCUGUGUCCCUGGUGACUGGGAAAAUCCUGUACAUCUCUGACCAAGUCGCCUCCCUCUUUCACUGUAAGAGGGACACCUUUUACGACGCCAAGUUCGUGGAGUUCUUGGCGCCCCACGACGUGAGCGUCUUCCACAGCUCCACCUCGCCGUACAAGCUGCCGCCCUGGAGCCUCUGCCGCGGAGCAGAUUCUUUUACUCGAGAAUGCAUGGAAGAGAAGUCUUUCUUUUGCCGGGUCAGCGUCGGGAAAAACCACGAGAGUGAGAUCCGCUACCACCCGUUCCGCAUGACACCCUACCUGGUCCAGGUGCGCGACCUGCAGGGCGCCGAGGACCAGCUGUGCUGUGUGCUGCUGGCGGAGAGGGUGCACUCAGGCUAUGAAGCCCCUAGAAUCCCUCCUGAAAAGAGAAUCUUCACGACGACACAUUCCCCGAAUUGCUUGUUCCAGGAUGUGGAUGAAAGGGCGGUCCCCCUCCUGGGCCACCUGCCCCAGGACCUGAUUGAGACCCCCGUGCUGGUGCAGCUGCACCCCAGCGACAGGCCACUGAUGCUCGCCAUCCACAAAAAGAUCGUGCAGUCCGGCGGGCAGCCUUUCGACUAUUCCCCCAUCCGCUUCCGCGCGCGCAACGGGGAGUACGUCACGCUGGACACCAGCUGGUCCAGCUUCGUGAACCCGUGGAGCAGGAAGGUCUCCUUCAUCAUCGGGAGGCACAGAGUCAGGGUGGGGCCCCUGAAUGAGGACGUGUUCUCGGCUCAGCCGUGCAUGGAGGAGAAGGCGCUGCAGUCUGGCGUCCAGGAGUUCACGGAGCAGAUCCGCCGGCUGCUGCUGCAGCCCGUCCCCCACAGCGGCUCCAGCGGCUACGGCAGCCUGGGCAGCAACGGCUCCCACGAGCACCUCAUGAGCCAGACCUCCUCCAGCGACAGCACCGGCCAGGAGGACCCCUGCCGGAGGAGAGUCGAAAUUUGUAAAAAUGAUAACAAGGUCAAAAGCGAGAGCCAUUACCCUGGUGCAUCUGGACAACAAGAGAGCCAGUCUGCUGCAGCGACACAGAGCAGCUCCCUGGCGCACGUGAGCACUGUCCCAGCUGCGGAAAAAGACAGCUCGGGGGCCAGCCUGCCCGAGGAGCUGGCCUGCAAGAACCCGCCCGCCGGCUCCUACCAGCAGAUCAGCUGCCUGGACGGAGUCAUCAGGUACCUGGAGAGCUGCAGCGAGGCCGCCACCCUGAAGAGGAAGUGCGAGUUCCCCGCACACCUCCCCACGCCCAAGGCCAGCGACAAGCGCAAGGCCACGGCCAGCCCGGGGCCGCAUUCCGCAGAGACAGCAUCGGCCUCUAAGAUGAACAGCCGCGCGGACGUUAGCACGCACUUGACCUCCCUGACGCUGCCCGGCAAGGCGGAGAGCGUUGUGUCCCUGACCAGCCAGUGCAGCUACAGCAGCACCAUCGUUCACGUGGGCGACAAGAAGCCACAGCCUGAGCUCGAGACGGUGGAAGAUGCCACAAGUGGGCCUGAGUCUCUGGAUUGCCUGGCGGGCCCUGCCCUGCCCUGCAGCUUCGGCCAGGACCCCGAGCCCUUCAGGAAGCUGGGCCUCACCAAGGAAGUGCUGGCUGCCCACACCCAGAAGGAGGAGCAGAGCUUCCUGCUGAAGUUCAAAGAAAUAAGGAAACUCAAUAUUUUCCAGUCUCCCUGCCACCAUUACUUACAAGAAAGGUCCAGGGUGCAGCCGAGUGAAAGAGCUGCUCCUGGGCUAAGAAAUACCUCCGGACUGGACUCAUCUUGGAAAAAAACCGGGAAGAACAGAAAACUGAAGUCCAAACGGGUCAAGCCUCGUGACUCCUCGGGAAGCACUGGGUCUGGGGGGCCGGUGCCCCAGAGGCCCCCGCUGCUGGGUCUGAAUGCCACAGCCUGGUCACCAUCGGACACGUCCCAGUCCAGCUGUCCCUCAAUGCCCUUCCCUGCCCCGGUGCCAGCUUACUCCCUGCCCGUGUUUCCAGUCCCAGGAACCGUGGCAGCAGCACCCCACGCCGGCUUCGCGGUGCCCGUGGACACCCAGCACGAGUUUGCGGUCCAGCCCCCGGCAUUCACCGGCCCCUUGGCCCCAGUCCUGGCGCUGGUGGUCCCCAGCUACCCCUUCUCUUCAGUGGCCUCGAACCUGCCCCAGACCUUCUUCCCCGGCCAGCCUAGCUUUCCAUCCCAGGUGACUCCUGCCUCACAGUCUGAGUUCCCUGGUCAGACCUCAUCCCCCAAACAGCCACAUGCAUGUCCUCGGGCAGAGCGUGGGCCACCAGCGUCACGUGUAGCCACCCCGGCCACCCUGCCAUCAGCCGCUGGGCCCGCAGGCAGGACCUCCCCGCCGCUCUUCCAGUCCCGCGGAAGCUCGCCCCUGCAGCUCAACCUGCUGCAGCUGGAGGAGACCCCCGAGGGCAGCGCCUCGGCCGCGGGGGUGGCAGGUGCGGGGCCAGACUGCAAGCCUGGCUCGGCCUGGGACCGGCAGCCGAAGGCACUGACGACCGGCGAGGAGCCAGCCGACGCCCAGAACAGCGACGCCCUCUCAGCGUCCAGCGACCUGCUCCACCUCCUGCUGCGCGAGGACGUCUGCUCUGCCGCAGGCUCGGCGCUCUCUGGAAGCGGGGCCUCCGCCACCUCCUGUUCCCUGGGCUCAGGCUCACAGGGCUGCGACGCAUCCCCCAGUGGGACAGGCAGCAGCGACACAGGUCACAGCAGCAAAUAUUUUGGAAGCAUCGACUCUUCAGAGAAAAACCACAAAGCGAAAGUGAAGGCGGACAGGGCCGAAAAUGAGCGCUUCGUCAAGUGCGUCCUGCAGGAGCCCGUCUGGCUGCUGGCGGCCGACGCCGACGACCGUGUCAUGAUGACCUACCAGAUGCCGGCCCGAAACGUGGACACAGUUCUGCGGGAGGACAGGGAGAAGCUGAGGGCGCUGCGAGGGCUCCAGCCCAGGUUCACGGACGGGCAGAGACAGGAGCUGCAGGACGUCCACCCGUGGAUGCGGUCAGGCGGCCUGCCCGCCGCCCUCGACGUGCCGGAAUGUGUUUACUGUGGAAACGAGGGGAAAGGCGGCAUUGGCGUGCCAUCUGAGGAACACCUCCCUGCUCCGGGGCUCAGCGAAGUGGCGGACACCGAGGAGGAGGGAAGCGGACCCCCCCUGAGUCACAGAAACCGGGAGCAGACGUAGCGCCCCUCCCGAGAGCCCCGACCGGCCCCCGGCGGCGCUGCGCGCAGAGCGGUCUUCACGUUUGUUCCAAAGAAGUGGACGGAUGUAACUACAUGGCUUUUUUUGUUUUAGGAAAAAAACCAUCAUUUUUUGAAGGGGUGAUUUAGAACUGUGGUGGAGUUGGAAAGCUUUUUCUAUAUUGAAGAUAUAAACGUGGAGGUGUUCCCGCCGUGGCACAGUCUUGUCACUGCUGUGGCACAGGUCACAACCGUGGUGCCCACUUGAGCCCUGGCCGGGGAACUUCUACGUGCCGCGGGUGAGGCCCAAAGAUACAUAAAAAAGAAAUAAAAUACAAAUACGGAGUUUUAGGGGACCGGGGGGAGAGAGUUUCCUUAUUGUCUAACUUGAGAAAGACUGACUGUCUGCAGAAGCGCAGGCCCUGAGUGAUCCCAGGGGUCCUGAGAGGGCGCUGAGGCCUCUUCCCAGGGCACCAGGGCCCGCUGGCUUCUGGUGAGUUGUCCCGAGGCGUCAUGCCAGGCUAGGCUGUGACCUACAGCUGAGAAGCCAGGGGUGACUUUGAGCUGAGGGCCAGGGCUCCCAAGAGCUUCCCCAGGCUGUGUUUGGAUCAGAUCAAAUUCUGUCCUCUGGGAGAGGGGGUGGCUUUUUCUCUAAAUUAUUUAGUCAGACUAGAUGUUUUUAAAACAUACCAAGUGGAGACCACAGCCUCUCCUAAUUUUCUUUGAAAAUGUUUUGCAUUAAAUGGAAACGUUUUGCUUUAAGUGAAGCUGGGAGUUCCCUUGUGGCACAGCAGGUUAAGGACCAGCAGCAUUGUCACUGCCAUGCCUGGGGUUGCUGCUG